AUGAAUUUAUAUUUUUCUUUUAUUCUUUUAUUUUUAAAUAGUUCUUUAAUUAUUUUAUGUUUUAAAAGUAAUAAGAGCUUAAAAUUAAUUUCUGAUAUCAAUAAAUUUAAAAAAAUAAAAAAAAAUUUUAACAAUCAAUUAUAUUCAUCUAAUGAAAAUUUGAAAUUAUUAAAAUAUGUAAGGAAGGUGACGAAUGCAAGUAUUCAAGUUUGCAAUAAUGCCCUAAAGAAUUGUAAUAAUGAUGUAAAUAAAGCCAUAGAAUAUGUUAGAAAAAAUGCAAAAAAUGUAUCUAUAUCAACAAACAUUAAAACACAAAAGGAAGGUUUAAUUGGUUCAAAAAUUAAAGAUGAUAAAAUUGCUAUAUUAGAAGUAUUAACUGAUUCUGAUUUUGUUUCUACAAAUAAAAAUUUUGUUAACUUUGUAAAGAACUUAUUAAAUGUCAUAUUGAUCAAUGAUAAUACUAACAAUAUAUUAGACUUAGAAUAUAUUGAUGAAAAUAAUAACUUGAUGGGAACCGUUGGAGAUCAGUUGAAUUAUUUAAGAAAUAUAUUUCGUGAAAAUGUAAAAAUAGGGAGAUAUACAAAAUAUAUAAAAAAAAAUGAAAACGAAUUUUUGCAUUUUUAUAUUCACAAUGUAGUUGAAGAAAAUGUAGGAUUGUCAGGUGUUUUACUAGUUAUGUAUAUUGAUAAUUUAAAAGAAAAUUUAAAAAUAAAAAAACAGCAUAUUGCUAAUAUCACAAAUGAUUUGGCGAUGCAUAUAAUAUCUGCUAAACCCAUUAAUAUUUCAGUUGAUACCUUAAGUGAAAAAGUUAUAAUGAGAGAAAUGGAGGUUAUUAAACAAUCAUUAAAAGAUAUAAAUAAACCAGAAAAAAUUUUGAAUAAUAUGAUAAAUGGAAAAAUGAAAAAAUUCUAUAGUUCUGUAGUUUUACUAGAACAGGAAUAUAUGCUCGAUGAAUCUAAAAGAAAAGUUUACCAAGUUAUUAAGGAUUUUUCUAAAGAACAUAAUAUAAAUAUAAAUGUAGAAUAUUUUAAUUAUCUAUCAGUAGGAGAAAAAAAUAUUUUAAUAGAAUAA